AGUCGAUUGUUAGACGUUCGUCCAUAAAGCUUUUUUCGAUACAGGAAAUUUCGAUAAUUAAAAUAUUAAAUGUACACUUAAAAGGAAAACAAUGAAAAAAAAAACUUUAAAGAAAGCAGUGAAAAUAAAUAAUUACAAUUAUUUUAUAUUCAAGAAAUAAGGUUGUGUUUACACCUUUCCUAACCAAACUAGAUCAUCAUUUAUUUGAUCAAUAGUUAACUUAAAGAUUAUUCUGUAACUGAUUGUUUAUACGUAUAUGUGUUAAAGAUAUUCAAGAAUAAAAUAAAGAGGUAACUUCAUCCGUGUGCGUAAUAUUUAAAAAUGACUCUGUAUCUUAGCAAACUAGAAUGAAUUUCUAUAGUUAACGAUAAAAAAUAAAUGGAAUUCAAUAAAUGAAUGAGAAGUGCGAACUAUAACGAAUAAGGAGUACAGUAUGCAGGUUUUUAAUUAAAGAGGCUAUAGAAUGCCUACGAUAGCCAGUUCGUCUUUAACAUAUGAAAUCCUUAUGUAUCUAAACUCUUUCUAUUUUGGUAUGUUUGCCAUAUGUGAACUGGGUAUGGGCUUUUUUAAAGCUGCCAAUCUACCUUCGCCUGGCACAAAUACAACGCUGGCAGAGUUUGCGCUUUUGUUCUUCCUUAUAAUCACGGAAGGAGCCCGAAUUUAUCUUGGAAGAAAAGGAAAUUUGACAGAACAUGGAUUACCAAUUCUUAUUGGAGUUAUUUUAACUGUACCCAGCUCCUUAGCAACACUAUACUUUCUAAUUUGGCAACAUUAUGUACUCAGACUAGAAGUGAUUCUCUGCAGCAUACAAUUGGUACUUCUAGCAUCUGAACUAGUCAUUUCUAUAUUGUGCCUUAUUGCCAUUUACAAACCUUCACCUCCAGAAGAAUAAACAAGCACAUCAGUACGAGUAUAUUUUAAUCAAUUGCAUCAUAUUGUACGUGUUCCUCAUCAAUAAAAAUUGGAAUUAAUUCAAU